AUGAUGGAUGCUCGAAUCGCCACCGCCGGUGUUGGCGGCGGCGCGGGGACAUGUGCCGCCGGAGGAUUCGUCUGGGACGUGCUGCUGUGGCGCCGGGGCCGCGCCGACGUGAGCGCCUGCCUGCUGGCGGCCACCGUCUCCUCCUGGCUGCUCUUCUACGGCGGCUUGGUCCGCGGCUACACCUUGCUGUCCCUCGCCUCCAACGUGGUCCUCCUGCUCCUCACCGUGCUCUUCCUGUGGGCCAAGGCGGCGCGCCUCCUCAACAGGCCGCAGCCUCCCGUCCCGGAGCUGCGUGUUCCGCAGCAGGCCGUGGACGAGGCGGCGGCGCUGCUGCGCUCUGCUCUCGACGCCGCCUUGGACGCCUUCCGGGACAUCGCGCUGGGCAGGGACUCGCUGCUCUUCUACCGAGCCUUCCUCUGCCUGUGGAGCGUCUCCAUCGUCGGCAGCCUUACAGAUUUCCCAGCCGCCUGCUACGCAAGCAUCGUUGCUGCUCUGACCAUCCCGGCGCUGUACCACAGGCACCAAGAAUGCAUCGACACCUACAUGAGCUUCGCCUACAUGAACCUCCGGAUGUACGAGAUGGUGUACGAGAGGUUGUCCAUGAAAAGCUUCCUCAGAGUCAGGGACUGGAUCAUGGAGCUACUCAAGGAUCCAUGA